AUGUCAGAGGAAAAGGCUAUAGGACCAGUGGAAGUCACUUCAACUUCGUCGGGAUCAAAAGAUUUAGAAAAUCACCUACACGAUGAUCAAGUACAUUUGGAGUUGAAACACCACACACUCGCAGAGAUCGAAUCAAGUGGCGCUUGGUAUGAUAAAACAGUUAGCAUAUUUGGCAAAAAAUUACACUAUUCCAAUGCCAUGGUUCAGGUUUGCAUGUGUGCUUUUGUUAUAUUCAUGACCCCCGGUAUGUACAAUGCCCUUACCGGUAUUGGUGCUGCCAUUUCCGAUAAACCCACGGCUGACAAUGCCUCAGUGGCCUUGUAUUCGACCUUCGCCACCAUUGGGUUCUUUGGUGGUACUAUAUGUAACACUAUUGGUGUUCGUUUAUCGUUGAUGCUUGGUGGUUUAGGAUAUGCGUUAUAUGCUGGUUCAUUAUUGUCGUUUAACCAUAAUCAAAAUAAAGGGUUUGUUAUAUUUGCUGGAGCAUUCUUGGGUCUUUGUGCUGCCGUGCUUUGGUCAGCUCAAGGUUUGGUUGUUUUGAGUUAUGCAACCGAAGCCAAUAAAGGUAAAGCAAUUAUGAUUUUUUGGGUCAUUUUCAAUUUGGGAGGUGUUAUUGGAUCAAUUAUUCCCUUGGCUGAUAAUAUCGAAAAUAAAGGAUCGGCAGCUAAUGAUGGUACAUUUAUUGCGUUUAUUGUAUUGAUGAUUUUCGGCUCAAUCAUUGCUUGUUUUAUGUUGCCCAGCUCUAAAGUUUGGAAACUGGAUGGUACUAAGGUUGCCAGUGACGCACACAAGUAUCCCAACUGGAAAGAUGAAUUGAUGGGUUUAUUCAAAUUGUUGAUCCACGAACCGAAAAUCCUUAUUAUGUUUCCCAUGUUUUUUGCAUCAAACUGGUUCUACACCUAUCAAUUCAACAAUGUCAACCAUGGCAUGUUCAACUUGCGAACUAGAUCAUUAAACUCGUUGCUUUAUUGGCUUGCGCAAAUGAUUGGAGCAAUACUUUUGGGGUUUAUUUUGGAUCUCAAACGGUUCUCGCGUCCAACUAGAGCCAAGAUUGGUUGGGUUAUCUUGUUUGUUCUUGGAUUGGCCAUUUGGGGCGGUGGAUUAAAAUUCCAAUUGGAAUUCACUCGAGAUGAAGUUGAAUCUGUUCCUCCAUCAAUCCAGCCUAUGGAUUAUACUGAAGGUCGUUAUAUUGGACCCAUGUUUCUUUACAUUUUCUACGGUGGGUAUGAUGCUCUCUUCCAAACGUAUUGCUUGUGGACCUUGGGUGCUUUAUCCAACAACCCCAAGAAAGUUGCCUUGUAUGCUGGGUUUUACAAGGGUAUUCAAUCAGCAGGUGCAGCCAUUGCUUGGAGAUUGGAUGCUAUUGCUAUUCCAUAUAUGAAUUUGUUUGCCUCUUCGUGGGCAUUAGUCCAGGGGUCGUUGUUGAUUGCCAUUCCGCUCUUGUGGUUUAAGAUUACUGAUCAUACUGAUGCUAUUGAAGAUGGAAUGGAGAAUGUUGUUGGUAUGGAGGAGAUUGAAGCGGUGAAAUCAACUACUGAACAUAGAGAGUAA